UUGUUGUUGUGACUGCCGGCCGGAGAGGAACCGUAGUGCUGCAGGAGGGCUGCUGAGAGCAAGACGUGGUCUCAUUCUCUCCGUAUACUGUAGAGGAGAAACCCUCAGAGAAGGCUGCGCGACACAUUUCAGCGGGACAAACUCACAGAGGGGAGGAGAAGUUUCUAAAGCGCUGCGUAAAGACGCACGGGAAGAUUCAGUCAAACCGAGACGGGACUCCAAACUCCGAGACACGUUUUUCGAGAUGCCUUAUUAACCCAUCUCUGACCACUUUGGAUCUUUUUUUGCAACAGUUCCCACUGCGAUAAAGGACUAACUCUUGUCCAAAUCAGCGUGUUUGAGCUUCUUUUUCCUCCAUGGAUUUAACUCUCUGAGCGGCCGGCUCGAGUGGACUUUGCCCAGCGGGAUCACGCAGCUCCUUCCGCCGGUCACAGGAGAGAGAGAGAGCCCGGCAGCUGUCGUUCAUGUUCCAGGAGACUCUUUUGAUGGAUUUAUAAGCUCUAUUUUCCUGCAAGAUCGGCGCAAUUUCAGACUGCUCUGAAAGGAAGACAUCAGAGCUCCAAAUGAGGGUUUCAAUAUUCGCGCGUAUCGGCCGGAAUAAGGAGUGAUUGUCCCCCCCACAUCUCUGCGAGGAAAGGUGGGUGAAAACUGACUGAGACAGCUGGAGGCUCUUGAAGAGUUGUUGUUUCAUUCAUUUUCAGCGGGCAUGGUGGAGGAUGGGUUAGAUUGCGGCAGAAAUCUGCUGUAGAAAGCACCAGUUUGUGUCAUCUAGUGUUCAAAACCUACAACUGGAGUGAAUUUAUGCUUCUUGUUUAUUUGUUUCCAUUGACUAGUUCACAAUUGGAUUAGAAAGUUCUUGCUACGAUUACCCAUCUCCACUGAAAGGCCUGCGCACUGAUUUAUCCAAGAUUUGUCUCUGAAAUCAGAAAUUAAAAUUGGUCUCCGUAUAAAAAGAAGUUUAAGGGACACUAAACCCUCCGCUAAGACUGUUUGUCAGGAGAGAGAGGUGUGUUUGUGCCUCUCGGAGUGGAGUUUGAACCCAGACAGACCACAGAUCACAUGUUGUACCAUAUUUAAGUUGCAAUAUUUUCUAUUUUUCCUCACGCACAAUUCGUGGAUUGAGAUUGUUUUAGUGUAAAAAAUCAAAUCUAGUGGAAAUGGAAGUAAAAGCAUAUCCAGUGAUUUAUUUUAAAUUAUUUGAUAAAUGGUCUAAUGAAGUUUUAGGCUCGUAAAGUAAAAGUUAAGGGACAUUUAGCAAACCAAAGUGGCCCUGGAAGUUCAAAUGAAUCUUUUGUCAACAUGUUUGACUUUGAUUUUGACAGCUCUGAAGUUCACUUGUUUGGAUCAAUAUUGCACAAUACGUUGAUUUAUAAGUGAGCAUUCAACUCAUGUGACUAAAACGUGCAGGUCAUCACAUAUUCAGCUACUACACUGAGGUUUUGGAGGUCCGAGUAAAACAGUCAACAAAGUAGAACAGGGGCAGGAGCUGAUGGAAGCAGCGUGCAGCGGAAUCUGCAGCAGCAGGAGAAGCUUUUUCCAGCCCUUAAUUGACAAAGAAUACGUUUCAUUCAGUAAGCUGGUUCUUUAAACUGUGUGUGUGUGUGUGUGUGUGGGCGCGGCAUGCAUGCAUGGAGCGCACACACCGGGGUCUGGCGCCUGUGCGCAGUUGGCUCCACUCGCAGCAGAAAAAUCACAGUGUUAUACUUGACGUCUUCUUAUCGGCAGUAAAGGUUGAUUGUUUGCCUGCAGCACUUUAUCAAAACGAAAAGUCUGUUGUUGAUUUUGAUGCAUGGAUGUCCUCACAACAAUUUGGAGUAAAUCAAACAUAAGACAUCAGAAUAACAUGGUCUUUGGGAUUCAAUUGAUUCUGACAUGACUGACUUAAAAGAGAUUGAAAUUUGUUUAGUUGCUCAUCAACUGUGCUUACACUAUACUCUAAAAAAGUGAAAUGACCAUGUAGUUACAAAAUACCAGAGCUUAGUUGAGAGAUGAAGACAGCUUGGCCAACCUAAUGUUGACAGAAGGAGUGAGCUACAGUAUCUCAAAGCAGCUCCCAUGGAGGGUUUUUUUGUGAAACUCUUAAACUUGGUAGAGAUGCUGUUUCGUGACCUAACAGAGCAAACAGUGACACAUUUUUAAAGUCAUAUAUUUCCAUUUUUAAUGCCUUAAACGACUUCCCAGAGGUUGGUGUUGGACUGGAGCAUUUACAGCAAGUUGAAGCGUCAACCAAUGUCAUUGUCACUCAGUCAGUGAGUGAUUUAUCUUCCGGUUUAAGGGAAGCAGGAUGAGAUUUUUACCAGAAAAUACCCGACAUGUACAAGAUAAAAUAAGCAAAUUGAUAACAUGAGUAUUUUUUGUUCAAGGGAGGCACCAAAAUCAACGCUCACUGAAAGUUACCGACAGCAUCUUUAUGUAGAAGUUUUAUGCACUUUGAGGCAAAUUACAACUCGAAUCACUUCAGACUGCUUAGGUGCAUGAUUUCCUCUUUGCUCCAACUUCAGACACAAAUUUAAGGGUUAUACUGUGUUUUAAGGCGUUAAAAUCUAAAAUGAUGAUUCUGCUUUUCGCUCCGAUUUGAAGGUUUUACUGCCUGUCGUGUUUUCUGCCUCCUGUCCUGAACUUAUUCGACUCUGGCUGCAGCUCCUCCAGAUUCUGUAGCUUCCUGGCAAGUUUCAAGUGUUUUUCUAGUGAGGGCCCAUUAUCCCGGGCCAGACUGAGCGCCAUCCAUUGACAAACAACAGGCGGUAACAGCCCCGCUCCUUAUUCAUGACGCAGGAGAGCCUGCAUAAUGUAAGGCAGACGAGUGGGACAGUUUGCAGGACAUCUGCUGACGAAUACAGCUGCUUGCAGUCAAAACAGGAUCUCUGACUGUUUGACUGAGCUGGAUUUGUGCUUUCUGACACCUGGUUUUACACUGAACAGAAAACUCCAGUGUCUGAAGCUUCAAGAAUCAACUUUCUGAUCAACAGUUAACCAUCUUUGUUGUGUUUUUUUGUCUGCAGGAUCCAGAUUUAGACUUUGUGGGUUUCUGGAGUUUCCAAUGCCAGGGCCCGGAGUGUGAGGCCAACUCCCGGCUUCAGAUUUACAGUUUUAUACCUUAAAACAACAACAUCUCAUCAAGAAGAUGGGAGGGAUCUGCUCAUUCUUCGUUCUCCUGCUGUGUUUGUUGGACAGAGUCUCUGCCAGGGUCAUCGAGGAAGGAAGAACUAAAGGUAAGAUUAUCUGAAACCACCGAACAAUGAAGAGAAAUCUGCUCUGAAAUCACUUCAUUCUGACUUUGGUUUCCCUCUAAACCUUCAGGGGGUUUGUGUUAUGUAAAACGUAGAUGUCUGGCUGGAAGGUUUGCUGGUUUUAACCCACAGACAUUCUUCGGAAAUCUGAUCCGUUAAGGUUACAAUCAGUCCACUUUCCCCUUGUUAGAAAGUGUCAGUUUCUUGGCAGCCGUGGAGGAAGUCAAGGUGACAGGAAAAAUGACAGAGAGGCUGCAGUCAAGGUUUGGAUGGAGGGAGGAAAAAGGAGGGGAGAGGAGAAAAAAAAGCACUCAAUGUUUUUGCUGCCGUAAACUGUGCUACCUGAUCCAUUCGAGGCCCUGAGGCUCGGAAGUGUAAAUCUGCCUGGCUGCGUGCCAGCUGUAGAGGAUGAAGAGGAGGGGGUGAAGGGGCUUUUUCAUUCAUGCUUUACAGACAGAAGCCAAUACAUGAAGUCAGCCGUUGUUUCAUUUGAGUCGCAUGAAGAUAUUUAAGCUGAGAUGCGGCGUCUUUUGGUGUCAAAACCACAAAUUUCCUCUCCGCUAAAUGAGCGUUCGAUUCCGAUCUUCAGGUGGAUUUUUCGCGCAGAUUGACGAAAGACAAAGUAAUGUUUCCCUCAAAGGUAUCAAGCGCAGGAGCCGUCUCCUUCCAUCCCUGCAGGCUCACUUUGUGCUGCAGGAUCUGGCGUGUUUAGACGGCAAUGCCCAGAAACCUUUAAAGGUCCAUGAGCAAAGAAUCAAACCAGGACUGAUGACAGAAAGAUUGUUAAAAAUGCAGGUUACAGCCACAGAGGUGCAGAUUUUAUCUCUGUGCUUUGUAGUUGCAAUUCUUUUUUUUUUUUUUUGACAAUUUCUGGACAUAAACUGGUUUAACAAAAAUAUAUUAAUGCUGAAAGAAAGCUUCUCAGUUUCCCCCUGCAACAAAACAAAACAAAACCACAUUUAUGAGUCAAAGUCUAAUAAAAAUCCAUCCUAGCCUCCUCAGACUUCCUUCUAACCUCACUGCAGUCUCGUACAUUUUAUAUGCCAGUAAGCUCGGUUGCAGUUUCUCGCCGUUUUGCAUAUUAUAAUACACAUUUCUGCAGCCAAAGAAAGAGCACAAAUUGCAGUAUACUUAUAAAACUAUUUCAAUUAUUCUCAGUCCUCAGGCGUUUUUCUGUCACGGUUCUAAUCUGAUCAAAACUCAGAGAAAAUAAAUCACUGCGUUCUCCAGAUAUAAUUAUACAUCUACUGUUACCGACCACAUGCUGCUAAAUGCAGCAAACUGACUUCUUGUAUGUUUUUUUCCCUUUCCUCCUCCACCAGGAAAAUUAUUUUUAGUCCAGUUUUCUGCCACAUCAUUACAGACCCAACAUACGCUCAAGUGCAGCUUUGUUCCAGGGGAGCAUUUAGCUGAUGUUUAUUCCUCUUAAGUAUGCAAAAAAAAAAAAGAAGAUUUAAUAUAAAACCUUAUAAGUUAGCUCAUGUGUGAUUGUGAAAGACAGUUUGGACACAGAGUAAAACCACUCGUGUUAAUUGUCACGUCACAGAGAGCUUUUUGUAACAUAAAGAAGAAGAGAGAGUGCCAGAGAAUGCCGUCGUUUUUCUUUGGUCUCCGUUCACAAUAAGUGGGUUGGCAUAUUUUUAGGAGUGCAUCUGCUGGUCAGGCCGAACGUUGAGACCAGAGCCGCCUGUGGACACAGUUUGACCUCUGAGCGGCAAACUUUCAAACUAGAGUUUGAACAGAUAAUGAAUGGAUGCUUACAAAGUUAGAAUCCAUUCAUUAUCAUCAAACGCAAUUAUUUUCAAACACGGACAAAAACUUUGACUUAGUUUCAAAGAAAAUCAGUCGCAGCUUCGAACUGUAAUGUUUUAAAAUCCUGACCCUCGAUGUGACAGAAAGUUUUAACUGAAGUCCAUCUGGAAGAAUUCAACACAUGAGAGUUUUUCAGCUUUCAUGUGAGUGAAGAAGAAUUAUUUCAGGGUAAAUCUGGAUUGAAAGAGAUAAAUUAGUAGUUUCGAUGAGCUCGAAGUCGGUAAAUUCUCUAAAACUAAUACUGCAAUUUCUGAACGAUCUACAAAAUAGAUUUACUUUAAUAUGUUACACUACCAAAAUAUAUUUUUCAUCAUUUUCCACAGAGGAAGUUCUUCAAAAGUGACACAUUUGGCUGUUCAGUGUGGUAAAUUAAGAUUAUUUUGUUAAAACACACGAACAAGACAAACUUAGCAAGAAGUUAAACGUCUCCGCUUUGUUAACACGCGGCGCCAGAAUCAACACCAACCAAAAGUUCCCCACAGGAGCUUUAACACUGAUAAUGCAAGAAGUUUCAGCUGUAAAGAAUAUGUAAAUGAAACCCGUAAAUAACCCUCAUGCUGACUUAAUUCAAGAGUAACUCUCAUAAAAAGUAGUCCUCGUUAUUCUUCAAACCCCAGAGAGUUUGGGGUUAGAUAAGAUAAGCUGUAACCACAGUUCCCCUCUGCUCUGUGUCUCCAUGACACUCUCUCAGUUGUACUGUACUUUUUUGGAGGCCUGUGCUUCUCCGUCCUCAGGUCAGGGCAUGUUACUGUCCGAGGCCUCCUCAUUGUCUGUACUGGUUUCCACUGAGGGCUCCUCUGCCAGCCCGACCAGCCGGCCGGCUGGCUGACUGGCUGUUUGGCUCGAGCAGCCGAGCGGUUUGUUUGUGUUGUGUUGUAUUUUGUUUGCCCCCUCGCCUCUGGGUGACAAUUCACACUCUGCCGCGAGUUCAACUCUCGGGCACCGUCCCUGUCUCUGCAAGUUCAUUAGCGUGGCUUUAACUCAGUGUGUAUGUGUGUGUGUGUGUGUGUGUGUGUUUGUUUGUCUCUGUGAUUAACUGCUGAAGAGAAGUUCUUCAUUUGUCAAAUUCAGCCCUUAAGAGGUAAAACUGUAGCCUGAAUCGGUCCAUAUUUUUAUUUACUAGUAGCGGGAAUGAAGUGAUUGAAAGAAUUUUGACCAAUCACAGCCACCGAUUCUUCCACUUACCAGUUGUUGGGCCUUAAUUGCCUCUAAAGUGUCACCUCUACAUACACUCUGUACGGUUAGAUAUAAAGGCAGCACUUUACUGGCACAAGAAAACAGAUUGCCUUUUCACUAAGCGUUCGCAGGAAGUAAUCAAACAGAAAAUUGCUCUGGAAAAUUGCUCGUUCUGGGCGACUAAGCAGAGAGCGAGUCCAGGGUGCACAUAUGCUUCUACAAGUGAGUGGGCGAGGGUACGAAGGGGCGAGUGACCCCCUGAAUGGACGGCACUGUGGCCGGUGUGACACCAUAGUUACAGGGUUAUCAGGGCACUCUAUCAGCAGCCUCUGGUGGCAUUAAAUGACAGCAGUUGUUCGGGGAACAUUGUGUACCUCUGUGGCAAGACCUUUCAGGGGUAAACUGAGCCCUCGCUGUGUGUUUUGACAAUUUUUGUCUUGUGUUCAGAACAAGGAGGUCUGUAGCUUUUCAUUUGGACCUUCAAGUCCAAAAUCUUUUAAAGGACAAAACGUUUUGGUCUGGGGGUGAAUCAAAUCAUUGUAAUCUAAAGGGCACUGAGGGGUGCAAUAAGACUGUUAGCAUAGUUUCAAGUCAAAUGUGAAAAUAAACAUCAGCAGUUAUACUCAGAAAAAGAAAAUGGGGCUGUUAUAUCAAAGAUCUUUCUAAUCUUUCCUUCCAUCUCUUUUCUCCACCAGAUCUUCGAGUCUCCAGGCCUCUAAUUGCACCAGGAUACCCUGAAAACACAACAGUGGUGGUGGGUGGUCAGGCCAAACUGGUGUGUAAAAUCCACCGCCCAGCCUCUACUAAAGUGCAAUGGUUGAAGACGGAGGCCAGAAGUCAAGGAGGACAACCUCACCUCAAGGCUCUGACGGUGAGAACAGAAGAACUCACGUGUAAAAAAUGCGUUUUUUGAAAUCUGCCUCAAGUAAGCAAAAUGGAUUUAACACAAUGUUUGCUUCAUGCAGGCUCUGCAGAGCAACGCCUCCAAGAUGAACACUCUGCACCUUUCCAACAUCACUCUGGAGGAUGCAGGAGAGUACAUCUGCAUGGCUGAGGGCGUGCACAGCGGACAGAUGGUGCAGGCCAUGCACUCGGCAUGGCUGGAGGUCCUGCCUGGUAAGAUUUUUGGCAAAUCUUGAUCUCUAAAAUAUUCCCCACAACCCCACGAUUUUCUAAUGUGAACUUUUGGCUUCCUCAGGUACUAUCAUAUCCAAGACUGUGGACAUGGCUGCUGCAGAAAUCCCCCCAGGUACACCGACUUCAUGUUCAAGAUGCUAAGUAGCUUCCCUGCGUUUGACAUACCAGGAGGUUUAGGUAGCACAGCAGUUAAAAAGGCUCAGCGGUCUCUUUUGGGUAGUAGUAUGGUGACCAUCUGUGUAAGCUUCGUCGCAUGCCCUCUCCUCCCAACGCUCACUUAGAUCUCCAGCGAACCUUCACCGCCCCUCAGAUUUACCCUCCGUCCACUGUCACGCUCCUACAUGUUCAUUAGCUCUAGUCUCUCCUCCUCAGUGUUCCUUUUCUUCUCUUUUUUUGGAUGGUGCAAGAGUUAGGAGGAGCAGGGAAGGAGGGGAGAGUGUGUAGAGGGGGGGUGGGAUCUGCUGGGUCUCGUGGUCUCCAUGGUAAUUUCAUUGUGUGUGCACAGGGGUGGAGGGGUUGCAGAUAAAGAAAGCUGAGGAGCUAAAGGUCAUAGUUUAGGGGAUGGCGACUUGCCACUCAAAACCUGCUGACUGAAGGAGGGAGUGUUUAAAGGGCAAAAUAAAGACGUGACAAAAAUUAAACAUCUGUGGACGAGGUCUGAAGUGAACGUCUUCAAUAGCAACAUGCUAACACCCUGUUUGCUGUUGUACUUUGGCUUUAGCAGAUGUCCUCGAGGAUCUGAGUGAGGACACCACAGAGCAUCUCCUGUUAGAGCCGGGAAAUGUGCUGAAACUUCGCUGUGACAUAAGUACCCGGCCCGGCAUGGCGGUGAACUGGUACAAGGAAGGAGGGCGGAUUGUGCCCACGCCAAGAAUCCAGAUCCGUGGUGCCAUCAUGGAGAUCACAGAUGUCACGUAUGAGGAUUCAGGUGUUUAUGUUUGUGUUCUCCGGGGAUCCAAAGAGCCAGUGAGGAACUUCACCAUCACUGUAGCAGGUGAGAAAACGUUCUGUUAGGUGAAAAAAGUCUUUUUCAACACAAAUGACCACAAAGCCAGUCAUCUCUCGGUGUGUCUUUUUUGGAUACUGAGAAGGAGAAUUUGCUGAUUCAGUCUUUAUCCCUCACCUUUGCAGACCUGAUGGGGUCAGGAGAUGACGAUGAGGACAAUGGCUUGGAGGACUCGUCAGCAGAGAUCGAAAACGACCAGGUCUACUUCUCCAGAGGUGUGUAAUAGUUUCCUAGCUCACUGCAAACCAAACACUGCAUCAGUACGUUCUGACUCAAGACUCAUUCACUCUUCCUUGUCCAAAAAGGUCCUUAUUGGACACACACCCAGCGUAUGGAGAAGAAGCUGUACGCCGUCCCUGCCGGUAACACCGUAAAGUUUCGCUGCCCGGCCAUGGGAAGCCCCAUGCCAAGCAUCCGCUGGCUUAAAAACGGACGGGAGUUCAGAGGCGAGCAUCGCAUCGGGGGCAUCAAGGUGAGUGUUGAAGCGGUUUUUACCAAUGAACUCAUACUGGGAAGGUUUUGACCAUGCUAAUAAUACUUUCUGUCUUCUCGUUUAGCUGAGACAUCAGCACUGGAGCCUUGUGAUGGAGAGCGUCGUCCCUUCAGACCGAGGAAACUACACCUGUGUGGUGGAGAACAAAUAUGGCUCCAUUACUCACAGCUACGUCCUGGAUGUUCUGGGUAAGUUUUCGGUCAGUUUUCUUUUUCUGUGUUUCUUCUCUGGAGUCAAAGAAAGGGUUAAAACCAUGAGUGAAUUUCAGCCAAACUUGCAGACGAAUUAGGGUUAGGAUCAGGGUUAGGGUUAAUGGUCUUAAAACCAUUAUUUCAGUGGUUUGAGAUCUAACUGCCAUCAGUCAUCAUUUGUUGCUCUGGGAUGAGUGGGGGGAAAGUUUAGGGGGUGAGCAGGGUGGCAGCGGUGCCUGGCAUCAGCCGUUUCAAGCAGAAUGUGGACGGUCGGGCGUCCACACCAGUUUUCUACCUGACCUGUGACAGGAGAUUAAGGAAGACUGCGGUUUGUUUGUUCAUUUGUCUGCUUUCUGUCCACCACGGGGUCAGUUUCUGUCCCCAUUGUUGGGGGGAGAAGACUAACGAGACAGUUAACGAGAUCAGAGAGGGAGAGUGAGCUCAGAUCAAAGAGAGCCGGGCGCAGCUGACAAAGAAACACAAUUAAAGAGGAGAUAUUUAUCCACAAAUAAAAUGCUUUUUAGCUGCAAAACAAACAUAUUAUAAGAGACGGGAAUAACUGCAGGGUAUUUCUGGAAGUAUUUCUGUAGAUAAAAAAAAAGCAAAAUAGUUUGAUAGUUUUAACUGUACUUUGACUUCACCAUGUUUGUCCCUCUGCAAGAGCACCUAAUGAGACUCUUUGCUUCGAGGAUCUUCUAAAAUCUCCUUCUCCGUGUACCUGGAUCUACUUUGAACUUUUGCCCUGAGAAACGGAAAACCCCCAAAGCUCUGACUGGUGUUUCAAAGCUUGGUGCUGACUUUUUAUUUUUAUCAAUCUGCUCACAAGUGGUCCAUUUCUUCCCCUUUCAGAGCGCUCCCCACACAGGCCCAUCCUGCAGGCUGGUCUUCCUGCCAACACCACAGCAGUGGUGGGCAGUGAUGUCCAGUUCCACUGUAAGGUCUACAGCGAUGCCCAGCCUCAUAUUCAGUGGCUCAAACACAUAGAGAGGAACGGCAGCCGCUACGGUCACGACGGGACGCCCUACGUUCAAGUCCUCAAGGUUGGUAUUAUAUCACUGGUGGCCAAGAGCUAAACCACCAUCAGAAAAACUUUAAAAAACUAAGUUUAGUUUGCGAUUCAUCUGCUCCCAGUCAAGAAAUAAAAAUGGUUAAUCUUGCUGAAUUUUCGUAAACGACAAAGAAAAAAAUUCUCCUCACAGGGACUUUGAUCUGACUUUUCCUUCAUUUGUGUUUCGUAGACUGGAAGUCUGAACAUGUCAGAUGUGGAGGUGCUCUACCUGUCCAAAGUGACCAUGGAGGAUGCUGGAGAGUACACCUGUCUGGCUGGAAAUUCAAUUGGAUUUGCCCACCAGUCUGCUUGGCUCACUGUUAUCUCAGGUAACUUGGAUUGAACUUCUAAUACACCGACAUAAAUGAUCACAUCGUCUGCAUAUUCAGAUAUUGUCACAUAAUACACAAAGCGCCGACAUCGUAUAUCAUGACAUCUGCAAACCAAUUGAAGUUUUUUCUGAACAUCUUUCCCCCUCUUUGUGUAGAAGAAGAAGCAGCCGACGCCAUGGACACCAUGGAGACCAAGUACACCGACAUCAUCAUCUACGCCUGUGGUUUCUUGGCUCUCGUCAUGGCCAUCAUCAUUGUGGUGUUGUGUCGAAUGCAGGUCCACCCAAGAAGGGAGCCGUUUGACGCCCUACCUGUGCAGAAGCUCUCCAAGUUUCCUCUCCGCAGACAGGUACAGGGCACCGGGUAUCAUGGGAACUUGAGUGUUUUGAUCAAACAGAUAGUGGACUACAACCUUAAAAGUUGACUGAAAAUUGUAUUCGACAGCUUGUAACAAACAUUUCUUUUCUUUCAGUACUCUGUGGAGUCCAAUUCAUCUGGAAAGUCAAGUGCGUCUCUGAUGAGGGUGGCCCGUCUCUCCUCCAGCUGUUCACCUAUGUUGGCAGGAGUCAUGGAGAUUGAGCUCCCUUAUGACCCAGAUUGGGAGUUUCCAAGAGAGAAGUAAGUUUUUUCCUGCUUGAUUGACCUCUAUUGUCAUCUUCGUUGGUAGCCUCAUAUUUUAAAAAUAACUUUGAUCCCUGCCCCUUUCAAAGAGAGUAUUUCUCCACUAAGUUUAGUUUGGCCGCUGAGAUCUAGACUCAUUUAGACAUUUUAGCUCUCCCAUCAUGUCGAGACCUAAAAGGAAACAAGCCCACAGCCCAAUUUAGGCUCAGCCCAACCUGUGUUUUGAGAAACCAGAGCCCCAAAUUAUGGAUUUCUACAGUUUUCAUAUGGACAUACUUAUUUUUACUAUCUGUCUCUGUUCCUCUCUCUAGUUUAACGUUGGGUAAACCUCUAGGAGAAGGCUGCUUUGGUCAGGUGGUCAGAGCUGAGGCUUAUGGCAUCAACAAGGACUCUCCAGAUCAGCCAACCACAGUGGCGGUUAAGAUGCUCAAAGGUAGGAUAAAAAAAUCAUACCUCGAGCGUUCAGUGAGCGUCUUUUGUUUAUACUAAAGGUCAGUCUUUCUAAAUAAAAUCUUUUUCCCAAAAGAUGACGCCACAGACAAGGAUUUGGCUGACUUAAUCUCCGAGAUGGAGCUGAUGAAAGUGAUGGACAAACACAAGAACAUUAUCAACCUGCUUGGAGUCUGCACACAAGAUGGUGAGUCUCCAAACUAUGGCUCAACUUUCCUGUCUCUUACUUGUCUCAACAGCUCUAUAUAUGAUGUCUUUGAGUGAAGGUUUGAGGUUUUUUUUUUAGGUAUUAGAGUCAAUAAUUAGAUGACUGAUUAGAGGACUUCUUCCUCCUUGUAAAUGUUAAUUAUGACACACACCCUUUAUUUGGAGGGAAAACAAUACCCUUCCUCAAAUAACCUUUUGGAGACCCCUUUUAUCGUAAACUCAACAAACCAUCCUAAUUUACUGUUUCAGCUCUGGUGGUCCUAAGCCUUCGAGCUAAAACAACAAUAUAAACAACCCCAACCAUUCAUCCUGUUUGUGUUCCCCCCCAAGGCCCUCUGUAUGUACUGGUGGAGUACGCCUCCAAAGGCAGUCUGAGGGAGUACCUGCGAGCCCGGAGACCCCCAGGCAUGGACUACACCUUUGAUGUGACGAAGGUGCCUGAAGAGCAGCUCACCUUCAAAGACCUGCUGUCCUGUGCCUACCAGGUCGCCAGAGGGAUGGAGUACCUGGCCUCUAAAAGGGUACGUUCACUUAAAAGGAAGGAAAUUACAUUAUGUUGAAUAAGCAGACCACUUUGCUGAUUAUCUACCAGUUGUAAAUGGUUUCUUAGAGACCUUUAUAGUAUUGGACUGUCAUCGAACAUGUUGGGAAACAGUCUUGAAAUGAUUAUUCGCCUUUUGGUCAUCUGAAAACAAUCUGAAACCUCAUUAUUCCUGCUUUUGUUCAGGAUAAACUGGCAAUUAGUGCUUUGAAUCAAACAAAAUAAGAAAUGUCAAGACUUCAGACUGGGUUCUGGAAACUUCUGUGUUUUUCCUCGUAGACUAAAUAAUUAACCAGCUGAAGAGUGACUGUAUUUGUUGCCAGCACAGUUUUCUGGUAAUUGACUUCUACUGUUAUACUAAGCCAAAGCUUAUAAUGAAUUACACAGAAACUAUCUGUUUGGUUUGCUUUAUUUUAACCAACAGGCAUGUCCCAUAUUAAUUCAGUUUAACUCACAAUACAUUAAAAUGGAUGUUUGGUGUGAGUCAGAUGGUGGGUUUAUGGUUUCGGGUGCUCUUGGUAGGCUUCAGAAAACAGUCUUAUCCAUGUUUGGAUGUUUCGGUAUUAGACCUCAUAUCGUUGUCCAAAUGCCAGUGCAGGAAUUACAGCCACACAAUUGUUGCAUGAUGGUAAAACACUGAGUGUUAAUAAACUUCAGGUGUGUGAGCCUCAGUGUUUUGGUUUAAAGGAUAAUGAGCUCUUGAUUUUAGAGCUUGGCCUUCACAUUGGGGAGUUUGAGAGGGGUCAUCACAGCAGCACUCCCUCCUCUCCUACCAUCCUCCAUGCCUCUGUUUGUCCUUUUACCUCCUCUUCUUCCCACCCCCACCCCCCAUGUUUCUGUUCCUUUCAUUUUCCCAGCAUGCUCUCUGUCUGUGUGCUUCUUAUCAACACUUCUCUUUGUCUGCCAGCCGGUGUCUCAGACAGGCAUUCCUUAGCGCGGCGCUGCUGCAGCUUCAGUCCUAUUUACUCUUCUCCAUCCAUCCAUCUGUCCGUCCCCUCCGUCGCAGGGCUUUGUCCUUUUUAACGGUGCCAUAAAUCUGUUAGCAAACAGGCAGCAGAACUGUUGUCUGGGUGUAGGCAUCGGGUUUCUGGCCCGACAGCCUCCUAAGAAUGCAGGAGUCUGAAGCUAACCCUCCAUUAUGGGGAGACCCACAAACCAAGACUGGUUCAUUUUGCACGUCCCCACAAAUCCCACGUCUAUUUCGAAUGAAAACCAAAAUGAACUUAAUGACAUCCAUUCAAUGUGGGCAAACAGAGCCUUUCUUUUUCCCUCCCAAAGGGCUGUUUUUUCUUCCGUCUCCCGGCUCUCUAUAUAAAGACGUUUUAAUUUUGUUGCGUUCACUAAAAUGAGGCUCCCUGUGUUGACUUUAGACUCCUGAGUCUUCUCAUUUUUGGAGAAAAUCUGCCAUGAAUCAUUUCUACCUCCCCUGCCUCUGUAUUUACGUGACCUCGCCAGACUGCGGCCUGGAACAGACAAGACCAUGUUGUGUAAAGAGUGAAAGCACUUUUCAUGAAUGUAAAACCUUUGAUAGUAGAGUCGAGUUUCACUUUUUAUUUGUGCAGAACUAUGAAUCAUACUUUUUAUGGGGGAUAUUACAGGAAUUAAAGAGGGGAAACUCACCCCAAAACACUGAAAUCCGACCACUUUUCAAGCACACUGAGCUCUUUAACCAGAAACUUCUAAACAUUAGACUAAUGAUCGCACCUGGAGACGCAGCAUUUGGAGGUAAACUAACUUCAGGGUUUAAUUCUCCAUCCUUCUUCUCUGCAGUGCAUCCACAGAGAUCUCGCAGCCAGAAACGUUCUGGUGACAGACGACAACGUGAUGAAGAUCGCUGACUUUGGCCUGGCCAGAGGAGUCCACCAGAUCGACUACUACAAGAAAACCACCAACGUGAGUGACACUUUGUGGUGGCAUGUUUUUCAGGAAUCUCUUUAUGAGGAUAUAACUUUGUUGUCUAGUCAUUUACAAGUGCUCACUUGAAAUUUUCACUGUUGAGAAGGUAAAAAGCUUGUAAAUAUUUGUGAAUGUGCUCGAGUAGCUACAUAACAUUCGACCUCUGACCCUUUUAUUGACUCAAAAGUCUCCCUUCAACGAUCAAUAAGGCAUCAGUUUCGUUUUAUCCAAUCAAAGCUGUCAUAUAUCUUCAUGUUCAGAUGUGCCGGCCUGGUUGCUUUCACCGCUUUAAUACCUUGAAGACAGAUGUCUGCUGUUUUCCUCUGAGUGGCAGCAGCCUUAAUGGGACUUAAUUAGAAAAGAGUGGAAGGAGGGAGAAAUGUGAACAGAGAGACAGAGAGUUAAAAUCAGAAAAAACAGGGACUGGAGGGAAAAUGAGCUGAGGUGGAAAGUGAGCUGCUGCGGUUAAUGAAGGUGGGGCUCUAAUGUGUUCGUGUUCGCUCUGCAGGGUCGGCUGCCGGUGAAAUGGAUGGCACCAGAGGCUUUGUUUGACAGAGUCUACACACACCAGAGUGACGUGUAAGUCUGACUUCAACAUUAACAAUCACAGAGGACUCUCUGGACGAGAUGUACAGGCAGAAAACAAUUCUUUCUCUUGACUAAAUAUCUCAUUUUUGUUUGGGCUCAGGUGGUCGUUUGGGGUUCUGAUGUGGGAGAUUUUCACACUGGGUGGCUCACCAUACCCUGGUAUCCCUGUGGAGGAGCUCUUCAAGCUGCUGAAGGAAGGACACCGCAUGGACAAACCCUCCAACUGCACACAUGAACUGUAAGCAGGAAGCUGGAUUCAAAAUUAUCCCAAAACAGUCAAUAAAAAGCAGCUUUUGUGGCUGAAAAUACUCUGAACUCUCUGAAUAAUUGUUGCAUCUGUUGUGUUUUUUUAGCUACAUGAUGAUGCGUGAGUGCUGGCAUGCCGUGCCCACCCAGAGACCCACUUUCAAACAGCUGGUGGAGGAGCUGGACCGAGUGCUGCUGUCCAUCUCUGAUGAAGUAAGUUUCAAACACACACAGACACACACAUAUAUGUGCAUUCAUAGGGAUCUACCCACAUGUGCACUUCCUUUUAUUUCAAAGUCUGUCGUCCAGAUGUCUCCUGCAUGUGCAGGAUAGUGAGUGUGUAAAGAGUAGGGCUGAAAAACUUCACAACAAACAAAAUAAGUCAAACUGUGUCUGACUGCAGGGUUCAAACUCUUGAAAUUUCUCAGUUUUCUCUCAGAUAUAUUUCAGUCAUUAUUUCGAGGCUCUAACGUGACCUUUUCAAACCAUUGUUCUCUGUAAUUGCAGUGGUCUAAAACUAAAGUGGCAUGUUUUCUCCACAUCUGGACGCCAUUAAAAAGAAAAACAUGUUGAAAAGGAGUUUGAAAGAACGCCCAAAACAAUUUCUGUUUACAGCCAAUUUAGCGAAUAUUUCACAUUCGGUUCUUUUUUUUAAUGUUUCAUUUCUCUCAUUUCUUCACUUCUCUUUCCUUCUCCAAGUACCUGGACCUGUCCACGCCCUUCGAGCAGUACUCCCCAUCAUGUGAGGACACGUCAAGCUCCUGCUCUUCUGACAACGACUCUGUUUUUACCCAUGAUGCCUUGUCCACCGCCCCCUGCCUCAUAGGCUACCAGGACGUACGCUCCAGGAUAGAUAUGAAGGCGGCGCUGCGAUAGACUUACGACUGAAGGCACACUCACAUAAACUCACCAACACAAUAAAAACACAAACACUUCUGUGGGCUCAUCGAAACACACCCAACGGCGGCCAUCUUUGAAGCCAGUAGCUGCAAAAGUUGGUCACAGUUUUGGUUUUUAGGAGAUCCCUUUGAGUUUGUGAAACAUCACGCAAAAACAGAGAACGUACGCACGAGGAGCACUGAGGCCGCCGGGCUUCACCACACAGUGGAGGUUCGACAAAACGCAGAAGAAAAGAGGACAAACAAACGAACGUUGGUACUUUGUACUAUCAGCUCUGGCACUGUGCCCACGAACAGCUGGAAAAACUGCGGCACUAAACACAACUGAAGAAACCCUGGUACUCAAACGCCUCACAAGCUUUCUACGAUCUACUCUCCUCCAGAGAGAGGGGGACGGACUAUGAGCUCAGCCUUAAACCGGGGCGUGAAACCUCACUGGUAAAGACAUUUUAUCAAGAAAAAAAAGAUUUAUUUUGCUAUGAUAAAAAGAAGAAACUGAUUGUUAAAUAUAAAUCCCUCUAUAUAAGAUUAUUUUACUUUUGUGAUGCUUAUUUAAAAAAAAAAAACGGUCUUCAAUCUCAGGAUCUCUUGUGCUAAGAAGUUGCUGUAGCUGCAGCGAAGUGCCUGAAUUUUCGAUUUCCUGUGAAUAUAUUUUAGAAUAUCUAAAUAUUGUAUGUACAUAUCAACGACAUAGGACGAUUGCCUUUUAUAAAUUAUUCUGAAUGACACAAAAUGAAGGUUAUCGCAGGCGAGGGAGAGAAGAAUGGAAAGAAGAAAAAGCACAUAUUUUGGGUUAUGGAUGAACUAUAGAGGAAAACAGCAAUUUUAUUUUCCAUGUUGACGCAAACCUGAAAAUGAUGUGGUCAAAUAUGAAAUGGGCUUCACCUUUUCACUUCUAAAUGUUGGAAUGAAACUUCCUAUUUGCCAUUUUUUAAGUGAAUUGCCUCCUUCUCCAGCUUAAGAAAACAAUUUGUGGUCAAAUACCAGAAGAAGUUGAGUUCUUGUUGCCAAAACCUUCCAGAUCCUACAUUUUCAAUCAAGCCUGCAGGGUCCUGAAGGUCAUCAGACGGACUUAUUUACAUGAACAAACAACCUUGUAAACUCUGACAUGGUCUUUCUAGAACAACAGCUCAGUCAGAGACAGAGUGUCCAGGGUGGGACUCGGACUGAAAGGGGUGCCUGAUGAUUCCAGCAGCAUGGGGACUCAAGCCCACUGUCACUGCUGACAAGGAGAGGAGCCCAGGGAAGAGGAGGAGGAGGAGGGGGCACUGAAUGUGAAAGCCAGUGUGAUUGAUUUCAAAUAGAGGAGAAGGGGGAGGGUCCCUCCUUUGUCUGGCUCUCACCCCUUCACCCAGCCCAAUCUGUUGGCGAGGGGUCCUCAGGUCCGCAGCCUGGCCGGACAAUGAAGGCUUUGCAGGCUUAAUGGGUGUGACUGUGGACCAGGGGGAGUUUUUUGGGGGGUGGGUGUUGUUGUGGGGAUAGCUUGGGCUUGUGUGCAAAUGAAGAGGCUCUUAUUAUGGUAAUGUCACCUCUUCUUUUCCCAGCCCUUAUCUUUAUCCCCACAGACGCCAUCUUUUAAAUCACAAACCUUAAUUCUAAUUCGGCCACUGCCACCAGGACCAGCUGCAGAGAAGUCCCCUGUGGGCCGAGAUGCCAACUGAGUCCCAGUGGACGCCCUGAAUCUGACCACAGAUAGAGCAUUUAACACAAACUCAAUGUGUGUGUUUGAUCCGAUAUCUCCUCCUUGGUCUUGGCCGUCAAAAAUCAGUCCAAUUUGGAAAUUUCUCAAAGUAAAAAUGUAUUAAAAAUGCCUUAAAUUCCAGUUAACUUCAUUCUUCUUGAUUUAAAAUGUCAUAUUUUGGUUAAAACAUGUAUAAGAUGCUGUAUAUCGACAUCCUCAUUGGUCCUGUUUCCUUUUCAAGUGUUCAAAAGUUCAACAAAAUGUCUGUUUUCCCUUAAAAUGCCUUAAAAGCCUCAUCCAUUCAUCUCCCUUUGUGUAAAACCAGACAUGCGUUUCAUUAAUGAAGGAUUCAUUUGUCUUUUCACCUCAUUUCCGGGUAUUUUAACGCUGUCAGUCAUCGUGCGACAGCUGGUAUCACUGAUGAAUAUCUCAUUUUGGAAGAAGCUCUUACAUUUACAUACAAGCUGUGUCCAGAUACAUUUACAACUUUACAUUCCAGCUCCUUCUCCAGGUACAAAACUGUAUUACCGUGUUCUUAAACAUUUCCUCAAGAGAAUUAUUUUAGAAAUAUCUAAUUUAUUUGUUUAUUGUUUUGUUUUUAUAUGAAAUAAACUAUAAUUUAAAAAUAAAGCCGCUCUGUGUCCUUGUCUGACUGAACGUACGAAACACUGAUUCAGUUUGUGAGGUUUGACAGACAGACAGCAGACUGGAGAUGGAAACCAGUUACAUCCUGAAUCUGAGCAGGUUGUUAUUUUUAUGAGCCGAGAGUUGUGAAAAGGUGUUUAUGUUUGAGACUUGGCAGAUCUCACUGCUGUCUCCUCUGUUUACAGUCUCUGUCCUUGGCAGGCUGGAGAGGUAAGUGGCUGACAGCGAGGCUCAUCAACGUUUUGUUGGGUCACCUGAGCGUCAAGGUCAAAAAACCUGGAUCAUUCUCCCUGCUCUGACCCAUCUUCAGCUGGCCUUUAUUUAUAAUGCCCUUUAAUUUUAUUAUAUUUAAUAUAUCUAUACUUGGAUCAUUUUCACAACUCAUCAUUGAAAUGACUGCUGCAACUAAUUUCAUUUAAAUUUCUCUGUUUCUGACAGGCGGGGAGCUCACUGCAGGAUUUUGGGACCUGAUUUUGGUAGAUUAUGUAAAAUAUUCCUGACAGAGCUUUCUUGAAUUUCCACUCUAUCUUGGUGGAGGGAUUUGUGUGUCCAAAUGAUCUAAAGAGAUCAGUUGUUGACAGAUUUAUGCCCCUGGGAGGGUGGUCCAAGGCAAGCAGGUCCAGAGGGAGGAACCAGACAAAAAACCUUUAUUAUGAUAGAUAAAAAACCAAGAACUCGGUUUUUCUUGCCUGAACAUGGGGACUGAGGAUCUUCCCAGAGCCUGGCCUGUGUUGGGGAAAAGAGCCUGAGCUAGAGCGCAAGGUAGAGAGAUAUAUUUGGGCUCACCUUGAUGUUAUGUGUGGACUCCAGAACCAGUCUUCUCGAGAGGAGUUGAAGCUUUAACUCCAACCUCUAGGAGAUCUUCAACAGUCAGAACGUUUACAUGACACUCGAGAAAACCGAAUUAUCGCCUUACUCCAAUUAAGACCGGACAACUAGAGUGCAUGUAAACACCUUUGACUGACUAUAACUGGAGUUUGGGAACACCGAUUAAGACGCCCAGAUAAUGCGGUUGGAAUUCGAUUUUCUCUACCAUGUAACCAGCGUAGUCGAAGUAUGAUCGGACAGUGCAUGUCCUAUUGGGCUUUAUUGGGGCAGCGGCUUUGCUGGUCGCUGUGGAAGGAGUUUGGUGAGUCCACAGAGAAUGACUUCUAGAUGGCUUCAACAUCACUUCAUAUUGUAUCACAUCUGUUUGUAUCAUACCCCAUCAUUCGUAUUGUAUCAUAUGUCCCUGUAGAGACUGCUCUCCUUCAACAAAAAGGCCGCUGGGGUUUAGGUUCGCUUGCGUCAGCAACUCGUUCAAUCAUCAGUCCGGUUUGAGUGUUAAAAGUGGCUUAUUGUUCCAAAAGAGAAGAGAAAACACACUGAUCCAGGUCCAAAACUUUUGCCUUCGAAUGAAAAAGUGAAAUGAUGAAAUGAGGUUGAGACAAGAUGAGUGAAAUGGUCAACAGAAAAUUACUAAAGCGUUCCAAAAACCCAUUGUCUGACUACCACACACCUCAGUGUCAAUCCCCAGAAGUGACGUACCUAAUAAUCAUACCCUCAACAAAUAUAUUUUGGCUCUUACAGUCCCUGUGUCAUACAUUACUGCACAGUAUCUUGCAGCAUUUUCAAGUAUCGUCAUGAGGUCGGGAAGAUAAAUGUUCUUUUUAAUGACAAAAACUAUUAAAUCUGAGUCGUCCUUAAAUGUGUGAGUGAAUGUCUCUGUGCAGCUUUGGUAAAAAAAAAAAAAAAGUAUGAGAUUAUUUUCAAGGUCCGUAGCUUUAGAAAAGGUUAAAAACAGCAUGGAAACUGGUAUCAAACUCAGAUGUGAGACGGACAAAUGUGAGAAAGAUGAAAGACAGAGACGGGCUCAAAGAAGAGAGACGGCGAGACGGAAGAAUGAAGAGAUGGAGGUCGAAGGUCAAGAGGAGGGUGGAGAGGGCAGCAGUGAUCUCAGCCAGCUCAGCCUUUUGAAGUGUGCGAGUGUGAUCCUCCUCUGUGUGUCUGCGCGCAUGAUUCUGUGCGAGUGUUUGUGUGUUAUCUGCUGUUGACAUGGUGUGUGUGGUCUGAACAUGUAUGAGUACGCCUGUAUGUUUGUGUCUUAUCUCCCAUGUACAAUAAAUCUCGAUCGCCCACAGAGCCUCUCUCCCUCCCUCUCUUUUGAGCCCCCCUCCUGCUUGAGAUGAUAAACGUCUCAGUCUGGGGUCUGUGUCCGGAGGUUUGUGUAUGUGAAGAUGGAGCAAAUAGCGCUUAUUUUGGGGGUGCAGAUUGAAUGCAGGAAAAAAGUCUUCAUCCACACUCCGGUCUUUUCAUAUGUGUUUCUUAAUUUCUGAAACUCUAAUGGGUCCUACUCCACCCUGUGUCUCUCCUUUUCAGAGACAUUUCUCUCUGUACUGUGAUGAAAAUUCUCCUCAUAUCACAUAAAGUGCAUCAUAUAAAAAGAGUCUAAAAGUCCGAAUGUGGUCAGAAUCCAGAUUAUAUUCCCACUUUUCAUGGGACCUUGAGAUGAGAGCAGUUUGACCCCACUUCCUCAAACACCAGCGAGACGGUUCCUGCGAGAGGACGUGUUCCAGAGACAUUUUCAGUGAAUUCCUGUCUGUGUUUGUUAAAUCAACAGCGGUUAUCAUCGCUUUCUGAAUUUCAAUAAUCAAAGGAUCAUAUUUGUUUUGAAGUCUCUAAAAGCAGCAGCUUUGAUCCUUAAAAGGCAGGAAAAGUGUCCGUCUGAGGCAAAACAGUCUCGUCUUCCUCUGCUCACCCUCCAUAUAAGAUCAUACAAAUUCCAAAAGUGAUGGACUCUCAUCCGCAGCAGCCUAAAUAUUUAAGGUUUGCUGUGCCAGAGAAUGGUAUCAUACCACACCAAAGAGAAGUUAAAAGAAAGAAAAACAGAAGAGACGAACUUGCUUCACUCGCAUCAACAACUAUUUGGAGUCUGGUCACUUAAAUUAUUCUAUAAAAUCCUAAAGUCCAGGCUAGGACUGUAGCAAUAUACCAGAAUUGAAAACAGCUUUAUUUUAAGGUGAUUAAAUAUAGGUCUCAUGCUAAAAGUAAGUAUACAAUGAUUCUCUGAGUGUAUCGUAGGAGAUGGACAAAGAAGAAGCAGCAGACUGCUAACUCACAAGCUUUAGCAGCCGUCUGAGAAGAAGAGAUGAUUUUAAACCUGACAUUCAAGAUGAAUUAUGAAUCCACAAACAUUUAUACUCCCUAACUGUUCUUUCUUCGGUUUUCAUUCAGGUCUGUAAUUUAUAAUCGACCAGCUAACAGGGAAGUAAAUAACUGAAAUACAAGAUGGCAAAAAUACCAAAAUAAAAGCUCGACAAACAAUCACUUAAGAAGAGUACAUUUGUUAUAAGAAGUAACUGCAAUUAUUAUCAAUUACAGUAAUUAGUAAUAAGUAUGAAGUAAUUUGUUGCCAUUGUCUUGUCCACCAUUGUCUUGCUUUUUCUCAAUUUGACUAAUUUUGUUGUUUUAUUAGAGUCUGGCACGUUUCUCCUCGGCCUGUGUUGUGGCAAAAAUGUUAGUUUCAUACUCUAAACUAUUAUGUCAAACAACACAAAGGAGGAUUUGUAAUCUUAGAAACUGUCCUGCAAUCCAGGUAAUGGUAGCAGAGAUGGUGAGUACAUCUGUGAGCUGCAGACUGUUAUGAAGUAAAUUAAAUCAUCGGCAGUAGAGAAAAUAUAUAAAUUACAUAUCAAUAUAUUGUGAUAUAGUUGUUAAACAAAUUAGAUUGCCGUGUUCCUGUGGUGGGACCAUAGACUGUAUAUAGAAUGGACGCCGUCUGCCUCCUCGCUGGGUGAAGCCACCAUGAGAACAGCACCCUCUGGUGACCGGCUGCAGUAUAGGUCAUAAAUCCCGCCUCCUCCAGCAAUCCCUAUGGAGCUGUGGACAAACUUUAGAAAUGUAUUACACAGUAUAAACAUUUUUCUCCCCCCUAGUUACUGUAAGACUGGCUUGUUUUCAAGUCCUCUUUUUUUCUGUACAGCUCCGUUUUAAAAGUUAUUAGGGGGUUCAUGUUUUCUAUGAUUGACACUUAAUACAGCCUAUGGGCGUACAACUCUCGCGCAGAAUGUGUACAACACUACUGCGCAACCGGUGGUGGAGCCAAGUUGUCCAUAUUAAUUACAGUCUAUGGUUAGGAUCAUAAUUUACAGAUCCACUUGCAUUAUCUCUGAUGUACAAAAUUGGAUGCAGCGAAUAGUUUCAAACUAUGGCUAAGAGUCUGCAAAAUACUACUGCAUGUAUUCGAAUCGUGGUCUCUAUUAGAAGUACUUUUAUUAUCAUUCGUGGUGUUGUCUGUAGCCUCAGUAGUGAGUUGAAGAGUUUAGCAGAACUGUUUAUGAUCCAUGCCGAUGCCCCAGUGUCUCCUAAAGAAUCGGUAUUUAUGUGGCACAUAACUGGGACAGUUUUACUGGACGUUUUGUCAUUUAAACAUCUAAUCAGCUGGUAAACAGAACAGGAGAUGGACUGCAGACAUGGAGCAACUUCUGUUUAUCGCUGAUUAAAGUUUAACUGC